UGGUCCCAGUUUCGGCGUUUUCCUUCAAGAAAGUCCAAAGCGUCCGGGAUUUUUUGCCGUCCUGCUCUGCAUGCCAAAAAACAAAAGAAACUUUAGAAAUUCUCCACCUCUAACUUUGAAAAAAUCGACUACCCACAUCGCCUUUUGGCUUCGCUUUACCGAUUCAUCUUCCACACCGAAGCCCCAUCUUGCGCUCUGUGCUCUGGUUUUUCCACCUGAGAAGCCUGUUGGAAGGGGCUGGUGAAAUCGCUGAGAGCUUCGGGAGAAGAAAGAUAUGGAGGCUGAAGCAGAGAAAGUAUAUGUCGCCGUGGGGAAUGACCUGCACGAUAACUUCAAGACCCUGGAGUGGGCGCUGAAGAAGUGGUCUUCCCAGCCAAUUCGCAUAGUCAUCCUUCACGUAUCAAGAAAGAUGUCCAGGGAUUUUGUGUACGGUCCAUUUGGAAAGCUUCCUGCAAGUUCUGUGAGCGAGGAGGUGCUGGAAGCUCUCAGAAAGAAUGAGCAGGAAAAGAUUGACAGUCUCCUCUCCAAAUACAUAGCUUUCUGUGGCAAGGUGAAGGCUGAAGCAGUAAAAGUAGAGGAAUAUGAUGAACCCAUUCACAAGCUCAUUGUGGAUUUGAUAUCUCGAUUGCAUAUAACCAAGUUGGUGAUGGACCUCACAUUCAUGAAAUCCUCCUCUUCAUCAUGGAAAUCGAAAGUUGCAAUCAGUGGGAUGUUCUAUGUCCAUAGGCAAAAGCCUGACUUUUGCCAAUUGUACUUGAUAUGCGCUGGAAAACUGGUGCAGCAAAGAUGGGAGGGUGAAGACGGAAUCAUGGAGGAUGAUCAGGGUGUGAUGGUCGCUAAGUUGAAAAUGAAGUCUAACUUCAAAGCUUGGAUCGGAAAGAUGUUCAACGACAACAUCUCACCAGAAAGGAAUUCCAGCUUUGCGGCCCCGUCGUCAGUGAACUUGGACUCCCCCGAUUCGCAAAGUCAGUGGGAACGUUCUGUGGAAGAAAUCGAAGAUUAUUUCCAGGAGCUGCUGAUUUCCUGUAAAGAAGAUGACAAUUUUGAGGACUGCCGAACGGCUAGCCCCAUAAAGCCAGAUGCACCAGGGGAUGCUGAUACUACUAUGAGCCCUGCAGAAAAGACUGAAGCUCUCAAAAGGAAAAUAGAGGAAGCACGCCAGACAAUCCAAUUGAAGAGGAAAGAAUCUAAGGAGAACAUAGAAAGACAGUCGAAAGCCGAAUGGGCCAUCUCUUUGUGCAAUGGGCAAAUAGAAGAUAUCGGAACCCGCACUAAAGAAGAAUUCACAAACCGAAUGGCGCUUCGGAAAGAUUUGGAGGCCGAGAAGGAUAAGGUCUAUGAAGUGAUGAGGGACACUGAAGAGAGUACGAGCAAGCUAAAGUCGCUCCUGCAACUUCAGAGCGAACUCUCGAACAAACUCCAAAUUUCAAACCUCGCGAAAGUGCAUGCCGAGGCCCGCCUAGAGAACGCGGUCAUAACCAGAGCGGAAAUGGUGAGGGAGAUCGAGGAAUUAAGGCGACAGAGAGAUGUCCUCCAACGCCGCAUCGAGUUUUGUAGAGAAAAAGACACGAUAGAAAUGGUUAACAGGUUGAACGAAGUUAGCUGCGGGCAUCGAGAGUACGCAGAGGAGGAGAUCAGGCUCGCAACCGACAAUUUCUCCGAGCGUCUCAGAUUGAAGUCCGGAGGAGACUGGACGAAUGUGUAUAGAGGACGGAUAAAUCAUGCAACGACGGUUGCGGUUAAAAUGCUCAACUCUUCAAAUGGAUUAUCUCAAGACAAUUUCCAAAAGAUGGUGAGACUUCUCAGUCAAGUUAGACACCCGAAUAUCGUUGCAAUGGUCUGCUUUUGUUCGGAGCUGCAAUGCAUAGCCUUUGAGUACAUGCAUUCCGGGAGCUUGAGGGAUAUUCUGGAUUCCCCUCACAAAAAGUCCAGAAGAUGUAAGCAGCUCCUGUGGUGGCAUGAUCGCGUCCGUGUUGCCCACGAUGUGGCAUCGGGGUUGGGUUUCCUCCACUCGGCCAGACCCACACCAAUGGUUCACGGAUGCCUAACCCUGUCUAACAUCCUCCUCGACCGCAAUCUCGUAGCAAAGAUCAGCAAUUUCGGGCUCGAUGGGCCCAAAAGCCACGACAAUAAGGACGUGCAGGUGGAUAUCCGAGCUUUCGGCGCUCUAUUGGUGCAACUUUUGACGGGAAGGGAUUGGUCCGGGCUACUCGAACAGGCAAUGACAAUGGACCGCAUGGGCCUCGUCGAAGUACUGGAUCAGACGGCUGGACGGUGGCCGUUGGAUCUGGCGGAAGAGCUCGCUGAUAUGGCAUUAACGUGCUUGUCUGUUGAUCCAGAAUCUGCUGCAGGUUUUGACAUCGGAAUGAUCAUAGACGAGCUCAAAGAUCUAAGAAGAAGAGCGGAUGAGAUUAUGGUGAGAGGAGGGAAUGAGGCGGCUAUCGGUAGGGGAGCCGACCGGGACAACUCGAGGGGCAUCCCCAACAUGUUCGUCUGCCCCAUAUUUCAGGAGAUAAUGAAGAAUCCUCACGUAGCAGCAGAUGGGUUUUCGUAUGAACUAGAGGCCAUAGAGGAGUGGCUGUGGACGGGGCAUGACACUUCCCCCAUGACCAACUUGAAGCUCAAGCACAAGUUCCUCGCACCGAACCACACCCUCCGGGGGUUCAUUCAAGAGUGGCAAAGCAAACGGUCCGCGGUCGAUCCUUUGUAAAUCGAAUAGUUACCGAGAAAAGCACAUCAGCAUACACCCACAGAAGCUAGAUUAAAAAAAGAAAAAUUUCUGAUAAGGAGAUAUAGAUACUGCCAU